GUUUCCAAAUCACUAGCACCAAUUACAACAUUCUUGUUUCAUAUAUCUCAACAAAAAAAAACCAAAAUGGCUUCCAAAUUAUGUAAUCCUCUCUCAAUAUUUCUCAUUCUCUUAUUUGCUUCUAUAGCAUUCUCAGACACCAUUAGUCCAAAUCCAAUAACAUCUACCUCGCCCGGAACCGCAUGCAAAUCGACCCCGGACCCAACGUAUUGCAGAUCCGUUCUCCCUCCUCAAAACGGAAACGUUUACGAUUACGCGCGAUUCUCCGUCAAAAAAUCACUAUCGCAGUCCCGAAAAUUCUCAAACCUAAUCAACAUAUAUCUCCAGCGUCGCUCCACGCUCUCCACCACUGCUAUACGCGCCCUCCAGGACUGCCAAUCGCUCAGCGACCUCAACUUCGAUUUUCUUUCGAGUUCUUUUCAAACCGUUAACCGAACGACAAAGUUUCUUCCAAAUUUACAAGCUGACAACAUCCAAACACUACUUAGUGCCAUUCUAACCAACCAACAAACAUGUUUAGAUGGUCUUAAAGACAUUUCUUCCACGAAUGGACUCACAAUUCCAAUUUCUAACGACACAAAACUCUAUAGUGUCUCUCUCGCUUUCUUCACGAAAGGUUGGGUUCCAAGAACCAAACCAAAAACCGCGUUUCAUAAUAACCUGCAUCCCGCUUUUCGUAACGGACGUUUACCGCUUAAAAUGUCGAGCAAAACACGCGCGAUUUAUGAAUCCGUUAGUCGGAGAAAGCUUCUUCAGAGUGAUCAAGUUGGCGAGAAUGUUGUGGUGAGAGAUAUUGUGACGGUUAGUCAAGACGGAAGUGGAAAUUUCACAACUAUCAAUGAUGCUAUUGCUGCAGCUCCAAAUAAAUCUGUUUCUACUGAUGGAUAUUUCUUGAUCUAUGUUACCGCUGGUGUUUAUGAAGAAUAUGUUUCUAUUGAUAAGAAAAAGACUUAUUUGAUGAUGAUCGGAGAUGGUAUCAACAAGACUAUCAUCACCGGAAAUCAUAGCGUUGUCGAUGGCUGGACCACAUUCGGCUCCCCAACUUUAGCUGUGGUUGGGCAAGGAUUCGUCGGUGUUAACAUGACGAUCCGUAACACCGCCGGCGCGAUAAAGCACCAAGCAGUAGCGGUUCGUAACGGAGCAGAUUUAUCAACCUUCUACAGUUGCAGUUUCGAAGGCUACCAAGACACAUUAUACACACAUUCCCUACGACAAUUCUACCGAGAAUGCGACAUCUACGGAACAGUCGAUUUCAUAUUCGGAAACGCAAAGGUUGUUUUCCAAAACUGUAACCUCUAUCCACGUCUUCCGAUGACCGGACAAUUCAACGCCAUAACAGCACAAGGAAGAACAGAUCCAAACCAAGACACAGGUACUUCAAUCCACAACUGUACAAUCAAAGCUUCCGACGAUUUAGCUUCCAGCAAUGGUACUGUUUCGACGUACCUAGGAAGACCAUGGAAGGAAUAUUCUAGAACUGUUUACAUGCAAACAUUCAUGGAUAAUGUUGUUGAUAAUUCUGGAUGGCGUGCUUGGGAUGGUGAAUUUGCAUUGAGUACUUUGUAUUAUGCUGAGUUUAAUAACACUGGACCAGGGUCUAAUACUGAUGGAAGAGUGACAUGGCAGGGUUAUCAUGUGAUUAACGCUACUGAUGCGGCUAAUUUUACUGUGUCGAAUUUCUUGCUUGGUGAUAAUUGGUUGCCUCAGACAGGGGUGUCUUAUGCUAAUAACUUGAUUACUAAUUAAUUAUUGUGUUAAUUAGACACAUAUAAUGUAUACUAGUACUAUACUAGUACAUUGACACAUUCACUUUGUUCUUUGUAAAAUAAGUUGGUGAUUAUUUGUGCAUUUCUUGUACAUGAUGAUGCUGGCAAAUGUUGAAAGUGCAUUGUUUUAUUUUAUUUUAUUAAUAAUGUGAUUUUUGUUAUAAAGCAAAAUUUGAUUACUAUUGUUGAUUGAA